AUGGAAACAUUUACACCUAAAAGAGAUUUGUUAUGUUGUUCAAUGUUACCAAAGGAACACAAUUCUAAAUCAACUGAUGUUCGGAGUGGUAUUUACAGAAUAAAACCAGAAAAAGAAAAAGCGUUCAAUGUUUAUUGUGAGAUGACAAUUGACUCUGGCUGUUGGACAGUAUAUAUACAGAGAAGAAAGAAUGGUGAUCUUGAUUUCUAUCUGGGAUGGGCAAAAUACAAAACAGGAUUUGGUCAACUUAAUCGAGAAUUUUGGCUGAGUAACGACAAGAUUCACAACUUGACAUCACAAGGGAGAUAUGAAUUGAGAAUAGACCUCUUUGACUUUGACAACAAUCAAGCUUAUGCUAAAUACCAACAUUUCUACAUAGGCAAUGAAACGUCGAAGUACAAGAUCAGUGUUAACGGUUACAGUGGUACUGCUGGCGACAGUCUCCACUACAGUAAAGGUGCAAGAUUUACAACUCUAGACAGGGACAAGGAUGACUCAAUACAUAACUGUGCCUGACGCCAUCCUGGUGCAUGGUGGUACAAAAGUUGUAUGCGUUCUAAUCUCAACGGACAUUACUAUAUCAAAACUCCUGUGGGAAAUUGGAAUGGUGUAAUUUGGAAUUCAUGGAAAGGCUAUAAAUUUUCACUAAAGGCAACUUUUAUGAUGAUUCGUAGACUAUAUAUG